UGCACAGCGCAACUGUCAGAACAUGCUGUCUAUGCUGUCUUUGCAAUAUAUAUAAUAUAUAAUAAUAUAAUAUCGUUUAGAUGACAUUAAAUUGUGUGCUUCUCAAUAUAGUGUCAACAUUUUGGUUUACCUGCUGAUAAUACCAAAUCAGUAACAGAACAAAUAUUAAGCAUUAAAUUAUCUCCAUUAUUUUGCUCUUCCUGCUUUCCCCCACCUGAUAAUUUCUGUCCAAUGAAUGAAUGACCUUAAUACACAUGUGGUUCUGUUUAAAAAUUUUGGUUCACUUGCAAAAAGGGCAGUGUGAAUGCGAACCGCACUAAAAAAUACAAAAAUAAAAAACGUUUGGUCCGGACCAAAGCAAGUGAACUUGCGGACUUUCCAGGUAUGAAUACAUCCUAAGAAAUCAUUUUCAUUUCAAAUACUUAUUAUCACUGACAACAGGUAUGGCCAGGAUAUUGUCAUUUAAAAAGUGGAGUUGCAGCCCUCAACUGAUGUUUAUGUUGUCAUUUUGUGUAUUGGCCACCAGUUGUGUGAUUGCAGUGCCAGUUUAAGCCGCAAGUUUUGUGAUUUCAAUACCAGUUUUGGCCACAAUCCUACAUACUGUUCCUUUAACACAGACAACUGGGAACAUUUGCAGUAGUAGUAGUUCAGUAAUUACAUUGUGCUUUUCUCCCCUCACUGUGCCUGCAUUAAAAAGCCUUUUGCAAAUGGGAGGCAUCAGUGGAGAAAAUAGUAUUUACAGUACUGUGUGAUAAAGAUAAAUAUUUAUUUAUGACGAUGAACAUUAGAUUUUAAAAUGUGUUUUAUGCAUCAUAUAUCACAUUACUAGCAAACUGUCAUGCUUCUUAAAACAACACCUGAAUUUACUCUCCUAAGAAAGAAGAAAUUACCAUAAUAUGAAGAAUUUUAUCUAGCAGAGAAAUCUUCACAAUAUAACACACAAGAAAGAGACAAACUUCAAAACAGGACUUAAUUCAGGUAUGUGUUUUCAAUGGAUGCGUUCAUUUUUGAAAUGCAAAGAAUCUUAUUGGCAUCUUUUAACAUCUUUUGGUUUGCAUUGUAGUAACUUAUAGUGAGAUAUUGACUUGACAUCAUCACAGAAGUCCUUUUGGGUUAUUUUCAGCUCUCAGCAAAAUGGUUUUAUUAAUUUGAACAGCGUACAACGUAAACAUGUGUCUUGUGUGUAAUAAAACAUGGCACUAUCCUUAUAAUUCAUUUAAAAGAGAAUUAGACAACUGACCAUGAUGUGUAACACUGGUAAUGAACUGCAAGACUGUAUAAAAUCCUGUAUAUGUUAAUUUAAUAAUAUAAGUAAUGAAUAAUUGAUGAAAAUUCGAAAAUAAUGCACACCCAGGUGGUAUUGCAACACGAAGUGAAGCGGAGUCAAUUAUUUCGCUUGAUCUAAUCUUUAACUGGAUAACUUUUGUGUGUGACCAUGUGAAUCUGGUGCCUCUUAUACAGGGGGAGCAAAUUUAUAAAUAUAUAAUCCACAUUAUAGCUGCAUGCAGUACAAACUUUACACACACCACAAAAACAUGGGAGGAGCUAUGACAUCACCACAGGUGUGACAGCUUUCAGUGAAAAUGAAACUAAACUGACGAUGAACAACCUAUAAACCUUUAAACUCUUUCACUCUUCAAGAAAGAAGAUAUUUAAGACUUUUAAAGCUGUACCUGAACACAUCUGAUACUCAUUCACAGUUUUAAAGAGAAGUCGAACAAUGGCAGAAUCUUCACCAACAUCAUCAAAACCAAGACGGACCAGAAGAAAGAGUAUUGAUGAACCACCAUUUCUGUUAUCCUCCAGUGUUUCUCUGUCUGAAGAGCUUCAGUGUUGUGUGUGUCUGGAUGUGUUCAGUGAUCCAGUCAGCACUCCAUGUGGACACAACUUCUGCAGGAUCUGUCUGAAACAGUGCUGGGACAACAGUCAGAUCUACAGCUGUCCAUACUGUAAAGAAACAUUCAGUAAAAGACCAGAGCUCAACAUCAACACAGCACUUAGAGAGCUCAUGCUGAUCUUUAAAGAAAAGUUCAGUCAGAGAAGAUCUGAAGUCCUCUGUGACAUCUGUGAUGAAAGAAAACUGAAAGCCCUGAAGUCCUGCCUAACAUGUCAGGCAUCUUACUGUGAAACUCAUCUGGAGCCUCACCAGAGAGUCUUGAACUUAAAGAAACACAAACUGCUGGAUCCUGUGGAGAAUAUAAAUGACUAUGUAUGUGAGAAACAUGAGAGACCUCUGGAGCUCUUCUGUAGAAAUGAUCAGACAUGUGUUUGUGUGUUUUGUACUGAUGGAGAUCACAAGAAUCACAACACUGUUCCUCUAGAGGAGGAGAGUAAAGAGAAGAAGACUCAACUGAUGAAGACACAGACAGACAUUCAGCAGAUGAUCCAGAAGAGAAUCAAGAAGAUUCAAGACAUCAAACACUCAGCAGAACUCAGAAAAAGAAGCAGAGAGCAGGAGAAAGCAGCGAGUGUUGAGCUCUUCAGUGAUCUGAUCAGAUCCAUUGAGAGAUGUCAGACUGAGCUGCUGGAGAUGAUGGAGGAGGAACAGAAAGCAGCAGAGAAACAGGAUGAAGAUCUCAUUAAAGAUCUGGAGCAGGAGAUCACUGAGCUGAAGUGGAGAGACAGUGAACUGGAGAAGAUUACACACAGUGAAGAUCAUCUUCAUCUCGUUCAGAUUUACCCAUCAUCCCUGUACAGAGCUCCAGACAUGAAGAACUGGUCUGAGAUCAGUAUGAAGACUCAUGUGAGUGUGGAGACUCUGAGGAGAGCUCUGACUCAACUACAGGAGACUCUCAAUGAGAAACUCACACAGACUGUAAUGAUGAAGAUGCAGCAGUAUGCAGUGGAUGUGACUUUGGAUCCUGAUACAGCAAAUCCAUAUCUCAUCCUGUCUGAAGACAGAAAACAAGUGAGAGAUGGAGACAUUAAACAAAAACUCCCAGAUAAUCCAGAGAGAUUUAAUCCGAGUGUCUGUGUUCUGGGAAAAGAGGGAUUCACCUCAGGGAGAUUUUAUUUUGAGGUUCAGGUGAAGGACAAAACUAACUGGGAUUUAGGAGUGGCCAGUGAAUCUAUUAACAGAAAGGGAUCGAUCACACCGACUCCUGAGGAUGGAUUCUGGACUGUGUGGCUGAGGAAUGGGAAUGAAUAUGAAGCUCUUGAUGAUCCUGAUGUCUCUCUGUGUCUGAAAGUGAAACCACAGAAGGUCGGGGUGUUUGUGGAUUAUGAGGAGGGUUUGGUUUGUUUUUAUGAUGUAGAGUCCAGGUCUCAUAUCUACUCUUUCACUGCUCAAACUUUCACUGAGAAACUCUUUCCUUUCUUCAGUCCAUGUCCUAAUGAUGGCGGUAAAAAUUCAGCUCCUCUGAUCAUCUCACCUGUUCAUUACAACAAAUAAAUCAACAUCUAGAAUAUAAAAUACUAAAUAAAAGGUUUCUAAAAGCUGAAAACUAAGAAUAAGAAAACAAUAAAUACGCAUAUCCUCUUUUUCUAAUGAUAAUAUGUAAACUUAUGAACAGAAAACUUGAACACUUAGUACAAAUUCUGUCAUUGUGGCUUUACCCUCUCAAUAAUUUGAGUGCAUAUUAGUAUCUCUGUGGUAAAUACUGGUACUAAACAUUACUGGUACAGUACAUACAGUAUUUGUACCUAAAUGGUACACAUUAUGACCUUUAUAAAUGAUAAAUGUGUAGUUAUCUGAU